AUGUGUGAAUUUGGCAGGUUGACGCGCUGCAUCGUUGGGUCCGUGGUCAUUGUCAUUAGCCUAACCUGGGCCCAGUCGGGAGAGCGUAAGAAAUGGACAACGCUGGACUGGCUGCAGCAGCUGAACUACAGCCACGAGCUGCACAAUGUGACCAGCUCCGAUGGCUACCAGCUGCAGCUGCAGCGAUUGCCGCGCCUUGGUGCACGACCCGUGCUGCUGGUGCAUGGACUGCUGGGCUCCUCCCUGGGCUGGCUGUGCCUGGGACCCGGCAAGAGUUUGGCCUUUCAGCUGCAUCAGCGCAACUACGAUGUGUGGCUGGCGAAUCUGCGUGGCGCCUCGCCCUAUGGCAGACAUCACCUCGAGCUGACCGAUGUCAUGCCAGAGUUUUGGCGCUAUAGCUUUCACGAGCACGGCGCCUACGAUUUGCCCGCCAUAAUUGACCACAUUGUGGAGCACACAAAGCGGGAAGCGGAGCAGAGCGAGACACAGGCACAGCAAGCACAUCAGCUACUCCUAAUUGGACACUCGCAGGCUUUUAAUGCAUUUUUGGUGCUUUGCUCGCUGCAUCCGCGUUUCAAUCAACACAUCCUGCUCAUGCAGGCAAUGGCGCCUCUGGCCCGACUGCAUCGCCAGGUGCGCUUCGAUGCCGCACAGGUGCGAGCCAUAAUGAAGUUUGUCAAGAAACGCGAAAAGGCCAACAAAUUUGAACUAUUUCCACCUGGAGAGCUGCGUAAAUUGUGUUCUAAAAAGCGGGAGCUAUGUGAAUACUAUACCAAAAACUUAGCGGGCAGUGCAUUGAGCAACAAAAAGUUGCUUGAAAUCUUUAGCUAUGAGCAUCUGCUACAGGGUGGCUCUGCACGGGAGCUGCGACACUUGCAGCAGAUUUGGAAAUCGGGUGAUUUCAUUUCGUACGACUAUGGCCCCAUUGAGAAUAUGCAGAUCUAUCAUAGUGUCGAGGCACUUAACUAUAAUAUCAGCCAAAUCAGUGUGCCCAUCAUACUGUACUUCGGGGAAACGGAUGCAAUUGCCACGCCCGAGGGUGUGCAUGGCAUCUAUGCCAGAAUGUUGAACUCGGUGCGCAGCGUGCGGCGCAUUGCAUCCGCGAAGUUCAAUCAUUUUGAUUUCCUGGUGGCCGGCGAGGUCAUAACUUUGGUAAACGACAAACUGAUCGAGCUAAUGGAAAAGUUUCUCGAAGGCAAAUUGCCGUACAUAAUCGAAUGAGGCGUCAGGUUCGGUGGUGCUAAGUAAUUGGCUCCCCAAGCUGUCAUCAAAGGCGUCCAUUGAGGCUCAUUAAAAGCGCGAGCCAAGCGAAAUGUGUUUUAUUUGCCUUGGCAACCGGCCAAAUGUCCAAAUGUUCAAAUGGCCGAGUAGCAAUUAUGUAAUCGGUUCGACUUUGGCCAAACCAUAAAAAAAAAUCAAAUAAAAAACUGAAUACUAACAGCAACAACAACAAAAUGUGACAAAUUGCCGUCUGGGCCCAACACUUUUACUUUCUUUUGAUUGCCCACUCAAAAGGCAAGCGCACAAAAAUGUUGUUUGUUUUUUUUUCCCCGCCGUGUUGUUGUCUUUGUUUCUGGCCACCGCCUAAGUUUUUGACCCACAAUAGACGAUGCCGCAGCGCCAACAACGGUGGCUCAGCCAAAAAUGUUAUUAAGCCAAUUCGCUUGAAACUUGGCCAAAAGCAUGAAUAAACGCACAGGCAAAAUUUAAAUAUAAGUAUUUCUUAAUCAUAGGUCGGAUACUCUAACUAACUCUUAAAUUAUGGUUUAUUGCAAGUACUAAAUAUUGUUUGAAAUUAUUUUUAAAUGUGUUUUUUUUGAAGUUUUAUAUACCUACUUUUAAUAUAACUCGACCGACACAAUA